AUGCCAACAAGUCGCUCUGACGUUAGGACCAAUUUAUCAGAAUUUCGACAACUUGUUUCACGACGAUCAUCUCGAAAUCGCGAAAAGCGUCAUCAUGACAAUUUCUGCGACCUAUUGUUAGAACGGAAAGGAAAAUGGUACGCGAUAAAAGCAUUCCUUAAAUAUGAUAGUAAUUUACCGCUUUUGGAUAUUUUAGAAGCGACAUGUUAA